AUGAUUAGAAAAAACUUGAUUUCUCCAUCCCCUUAGCAGAUACAUAAUUAACAACCUCAUCAUCAACAAUCUCGCAUUAAGAAUAAUCUUUUCUAAGAAGAAGAUAGCAACUGGAAUAUGUACCAUGUUUAGAAUCCAAUUUUUCAGACGGAGGUCAUCAAUCCACAUUCUAAUCCACACUAACAACUUUAAAACGAUGAGUUUUCUAUGUAAAAUCAUCAUCACCAUCAUCAUCCCAAUUAAAUGCCUAGCCCUUUUUACAAUUAGAAAAUCUUUAGCACUUACCGCUCAAAUCAUCAAAGUCAUAACAAUCUUCAAUAAGAAUAGCUUAACUACAGAGAAAUUCACCCAAUGUUUUUUGUCAGUAGAGAGUAGCCGCAUUAGAUGCAAGCCACUCAGAAUUUGACAGAAAAUAUGGAGGGUAGAAUGUAAGACUUAAUGUCAGAGGAAGAAAACUUCAUCAACGUUAACCAAAUGGUCAAAAGUGAAUCAACCAAUCAUUUAUCGCUUGCUGAUAAGACUAUGAAAAUGCGAAUGAUGUAUCAACGUAAUUAAGAAUCUAUUAACGAAGUUGGAUACUAGGGGAUAUAGCCAAUGAUGAGUGAUUUUUCAGAGUUGAAUAAUAAUAGCAAUAAUAAUCAAGCAGCAAAUGGAAAUAAGAAUAGAAGAUAAUAAAAAUAAAAACGUAAAGCAUGCACUGAAAAAAGAGGUCUUCUUACUUUUUAUCUCUCAAGUUUAACUGAAAAGGAGCUAGUUAAGAAUACAUUAACAGGAUUCGUGAUAGAUCAGGUCCUAAUUAGAGGACCAAUGACGUUCGAUUAGAUAGAGAAAAUUGUUGAAGAGAAAUUUUAGGAGUUAAGAAAACCUAAUGGUAGAAAAUAUGACUAGGACAAGAUAUAAAAAUGCAUUAUGAGCACUCUCACAGCUAACGGCUUAUUUGAAUAAAUAGAAAAAGCUGGAAAGAGAAAGAGAGCUGAGUAAGACUACUAGAAAUAUUGGAAAGUUAAGGAAUAAGAAGCGUUCGAAUACCUUAGGCUUGAAGAAUAAAAGUUUGUAAAUUUAUAUUAGUUAAUCAUUUCAAUUAAAGAGCAACAUAAAAUUCAAGCUGAAUCAAAGAAUUAGAAAGUUUAAGAUUAAUGA